CUCACCGCAUUCCGGAAAGUCCCACCUUCUUCUGUCUGAUUGGUUAGUCGCGUUCCUUUUCCGUCACCAUUGGCUGGUAAUCAUUGACGAAAGCACGCGAGGGCGAACAAAAUCAUGCAGUCAUUCAUAAGAACUAGCACAGAAGGCGUUGCUUGGCGGAAUGCGGGCGGGAAGAAAAUAAGGUCUCGGCACAGGAUGGCUGCUCAACAUCUUUUUAAUAAUGAGAUUAAUUCGUAGGAAGAUAGCGAUAAUUGUUGUUCUGGCGUAUGUGGUUUUUUCAUUGUACGCUGCAUACAAUGUGUUUUUCAAUAAGAAGAUUAUUACUCGCGUGCACAGAGUGGUGAAAAAGGGCUCUGUACCUGCAGAACAGUCCAGAGCAGGAGAGGAAGAAUGGAACCCAUGGGAGGAGGACGAGCGUGCAGACUCCAUCUCUGUAGUGCAGAAAAGGAGAGAGGCUUACAAAUCAUAUCAGGAGCGCAUUGCAAAGAGCAGACCCAAAAGAUAUAAAGUUCAAAUCUGGGGAAAAGCUGCUAUUGGACUUUACUUGUGGGAACACAUUUUAGAGGGGCCUUUGAACCCCACUGAUAAGACGGGUCAGUGGAGGGAAGGAGAGAUUCAGUCGGGGAAGAUUAAUUUCAGUUUCUACACAGGCCCAGCAGUAGUGCAGGGUCACAUUCCUCUGGACACAGACAGUGUCGUGUUGGUGUUGAAUGGUCGUGAACAGCAGAAGAUCUCCUAUUCUAUCCAGUGGCUACAACAUGUGCAGACUCUCGUUCAGGCUCACACCAUCUCUAAAGUAGCUGUGGUCUUACUGGGCAGCGAGCAGUGCAUUAAUGAGUGGAUCAGCCCCUAUAUGAAGAGGUCUGGAGGCUUUGUGGAUCUGCUGUUCCUCGUUUAUGACAGUCCCUGGGUCAACGACAAGGAUGUCUUUCAGUGGCCUCUUGGUGUAGCCACGUAUAGACACUUCCCAGUUGUAACACCCAAUACACAGAUGGUGAGCACUGUGCGACCAUACAUCUGCAACUUCCUCGGCACGGUUUAUAAGAACUCCUCUCGGGAAACUCUCAUGGGCACCUUGAAGCAGAAUGGCUUUGAAAAACAGUGUCUUACAAAUGCUCGGGAGAAGUGGCUUCCUCAGGAGACGGCAGAAACCUCCAGACAGUACCAGAUGGCUCUGGCUCAGAGCGACUUGACCCUGUGCCCAGUUGGAGUAAACACUGAGUGCUACCGCGUCUACGAGGCCUGUGCCUAUGGCUCUGUGCCCGUGGUGGAGGACGUCCUGACUCCGGGAGCCUGUGCCAACGGCCGCAGCUCCCCUCUUCGGCUGCUCAAAGAUGCAGGGGCACCCUUCAUCUUCCUCAAGGAUUGGAAGGAGCUGCCAGCCAUCCUGGAGAAGGAGAGGGUGAUGACGCAGGCCAAGAAGACGGAGAGGAGAAUGAGGCUGCUGGAGUGGUACACUGGAUUCCGUCAGCAGAUGAAGGACAAGUUCACAGAAGUCCUGGAGGAAUCUUUCUUUAAACUGAGCUAGGAAGAGACACUUGGUCUAUGUCGGAUUUCGUUAUGGUUGAACUUUAACUUAUGGUUCCAUUUCUGUAACUUAUGAUUGUUGAUAGUGGUGCACCAAUCCCAUGUUUCCAAGUUCUAAGUUCAGAUACUGACAUCCUCACAGUAACUGAGACUCUGCAAGACUUAAUGUGACACCUCAGGCAUGAUCUUGACCGGCAUGAAGACAAUUUGUGUGCAUUAUUUGUGUUCUAUCAAUCAAAAAUAUUGGCCUAUUAUGCAGUACUGGAUAGGUGCAUCCCUAGUCACUGAUUUUCCUGCAUAUUUACAGAGCCUUAUUUAUUAAGCCCAUAAAUAUAUUUGGUGUUAAUGUCUUUGUACACUAAUUUCAGUAAACAUUAUCUGUUGCCUCAUGACAUGUAUUAUAAUGCUCAUAUUUAACCUUAAAUUGUAUUUUUAUGGUCUUUUAUGGUUUGGGCUGACAUUGUGUUUUCUGUAACACUAAUCAUCAUUUGACUCAUCUCAGUGUGAUAGAAUUAAAAGAAUGAAACCUGUAGUGAAAUGA